GGAGAGAGGGAGAGUCGGAGCCGCCAGCAUCCCUCCGGCCCGCCAACGCCGGGACCCCGCACCGCGCUGGGAGCCGCCGCCCGCCCCCCGGGCCGGGCCCCCUCGCGCCCCCCUCUCCCCCGCCUCUCGGUCUGUGGAUCUCGGGCUGGUUCCAUCCUCCCAGGACCCGGGGGAGGGACUGGGGGCCCCGGGGAGGGGGCCUCGGGCGGCCCUCCCCCGCCUUCUCGCCCCUGCCCUCGCUGGCAGGAGCCCCUAGCUGUGACCCCCGCGGGGGCAGGAGGCUGGGGGUCCAUGCUCGGAGCCUCCGUACGGCCCGGCGCCUGCCGCUGACGGCGGUGGGGGUGGGGGGGCCGGGCACCCAGCCUCCUGCCCCACCCCCUGGCGUCGGCCCCUCGGGCCAUCUGGGGCCGCUGCCCCUGGCUGCGCCCUCCCCGCCGGCCAGGCCCUGGAGGGACCCGGGAGCUGCCGCCGGCAUCAGCCCAUGGCCCGGAGGUACGAUGAGCUGCCCCACUACCCCGGCAUCGUGGACAGCACUGCAGCCCUGGCUGGCUUCUCGGAGGCAGUGCCCUCGGCACCGACAGCCCCCGGGCCCUACGGCCUCCACCGGCCUCCCCAGCCCCCGCCCCUGGGCUUGGAUAGUGAUGGCCUGAGGAGGGAGAAGGAUGAGAUCUACGGACACCCGCUCUUCCCGCUGCUGGCCCUGGUCUUUGAGAAAUGUGAAUUGGCCACGUGUUCUCCCCGUGAUGGGGCUGGGACUGGGCUGGGCACACCCCCAGGCAGUGACGUAUGCUCCUCCGAUUCCUUCAAUGAGGACAUCGCAGCCUUUGCCAAGCAGGUCCGCUCCGAGAGGCCUCUCUUCUCCUCCAACCCGGAGCUGGACAAUCUGAUGAUACAAGCCAUUCAAGUGCUCCGUUUCCACCUGCUGGAGCUGGAGAAGGUCCACGACCUGUGCGACAACUUCUGUCACCGCUACAUCACCUGCCUCAAGGGAAAGAUGCCCAUCGACCUGGUCAUCGAGGAUCGGGACGGCGGCUGCAGGGAGGAUCUCGACGACUACCCGGCCUCCUGCCCGAGCCUCCCAGAUCAGAAUACUACAUGGAUUAGAGACCAUGAAGACAGCGGGUCUGUACAUUUGGGGACCCCGGGUCCAUCCAGCGGGGGCCUGGCCUCCCAGAGUGGUGACAACUCCAGUGACCAAGCACAGCAUGCCUCUCCCUGCUCAGGAGAUGGACUAGACACAAAUGUGGCCUCUCCCAGUUCUGGGGGAGAGGACGAAGAGCUGGACCACGAGCGCCGGCAGAACAAGAAGAGAGGGAUCUUCCCCAAGGUGGCCACCAACAUCAUGAGAGCCUGGUUGUUCCAGCACCUCUCGCACCCGUACCCCUCAGAGGAGCAGAAGAAGCAGCUGUCCCAGGACACGGGGCUCACCAUCCUACAAGUCAACAACUGGUUUAUUAAUGCCCGGAGACGCAUCGUGCAACCAAUGAUCGAUCAAUCCAACCGCACAGCAGGGCAGGGUGCAGCCUUCAGCCCAGAGGGCCAGCCCAUGGGGGCCUACACGGAGACUCAGCCACAAGUGACUGUCAGGCCCCCAGGAUCAAUGGGGAUGAGUUUGAACUUAGAAGGAGAGUGGCAUUAUUUAUAGAGGCUGGAGUCAGGAGAAAUACCCCAACCUCUGGACUGUGACUGCCAGGUUCAUACCUGCUUCUGGUCGACGUCUGGCCCUCUGGCUUCAGGACCCCACCUCCUAUGGCCCCCCCCCAACUCAAUGCCUACCUCCCUGGGGCCCUGCCGGGACAUGAGGGGCCUGAGCACCCACUCGAGGGUCUCUCAAGGACAAAGACAAGGCCUCCAGGCCCUGUGCCCCACUUCUGCCCUCACCUCUGCCUGGAACCUGAGCUGAGAUCCUGGGCCUGGGAGUUCAGAAGAUGGCGGCUGGGUACCCCCCCACCCCUAGGACAGAGAAGGGAUUGGGGGUGGGCUGGGGCCAUCAGGGAAGGAGGGUCACCCAGAUCCGACAUUUAGAGAGGUUCCCUUCAUCCUCCCAGCCCACCCUCUUUCCCCCUCCCCCACUCCCCUCUUGUGUUGUCUUCUACCUUUUUUUUUAAGCAUAAAGUCUUAAAAACAAAAGGCCACCAA